AUUGGAGGUUCCUAUUAUAAAAUCUGUGGAGCUGCAUCGCUUUCUCAAUAAGCUCUUUUCGUUCUCUCGCAUUCUCUUUCUCCAUCUCUCAUUCUCUGUCUCUCCUCUCUCUUUCUUUCUUUCUCUCUCUCUGAUCAAUUUCGAAACCUUCGGAGAGAAUCGGAAGAGAGAGAGAAUGGGGGGUUGCGCCACGAAGCCGCUGGUUUUGAAGGAGGAGACGGAGGCUCUUAAACCGGUAGAGGACGUUGCUGAACCCGUCAAGGCUGAGGAAGCCGGCUCCGGGGAGGAGCAGGAGGCGGCCAAGUCAGAGGAGGCUGAAGGCCAAAAUUCACUCAGCAAUUACUUCCAGGAGAAGGAGGCCGAGGAGGCCGCCGGUGCUGCGGGGGAGGAGAAUGUGAAAGCCGCGGCCGAAGAGGCAGAAUCGAAGCCGGAAGUCUCUGAAUUCAAUGUUGAAGAUGCUCCUGCUGAAGAGAAGCAGCAGUAAUGAGAGAGCUCGAGAAGGGAAUGUUUUUUGCUUGUUCUUUGAUGUUUGUGGAUUAUAAGUGAUCGAAUGAUCAUUUGAUGCUUUUGUUUUGAACGGUUGAUUUUCGUUUCUUUGAAUUUCAUUUUGUUAAGAACUAAAUGAUGUGAUUAUUUAUUUGGUCGAACAGUUUAUUUUGUUUGGUUGAGAUGAUCGGCAAGUACCGGUGGACAUAUAUAUUGAUAAGAAAAUUUGC